AUGCACCUUUCCGAGCUUUGCCGGGACUCCAACAUUGACGUGAUCAUCGAUCACCUUCGCCAGAUAGUACCACUAGAGGCCGUGCAGGCUUCAUCUUCCUUUGAGAGAGAAGCAGGUGACGACACGACUGCCGAAACUGGCCACUCGGAGCUUCAUGGACUCUGGAGCUAUCAGGACAAUGAUGGGCGCACCGCCUUCCAUUGGGCCGUCGCGCUAAAGAACUUUGACCUGGCUCACAAGUUGAUGCAGGCACCGUACAAUUCACCUGUACUGACCGGAGAUGAGGAGCUGAACACACCCUUUGCCACUGCCUGUAGCGUUGGCGCACCGCUAGACUUGCUGAGAGAGAUCCUGGACCGAAGUGUGACUGAGUUUGCCGCGUACAUGAAGCACAAGGAGGCUCAGCAACACCCUAUUACCGAGGUGCAGAACAGCAGCAGUGCUGCUCCGGCCCUGCAUGCCCAGGAGAGCAACCACGGAGAGCGGAAGUUCUUCUCAGACAUGCCGGGGAUACCUCAGCCUGCCGACGCCACUCCGGCUUCUAUCAGUGCUGUACUUAUUGACACCGAAGAUGCGACGGGACAAACACCUCUGCUGCUGGCUGUGGGACGUGGGCACUUGGGCAUUGUGCGCUUCUUGCUGGAGAGCGGUGCAGAUUUGAUGCAUCAAAAUCGUAGAGGUCAGUCAGCGCUGCACCGCGCUGUGAACCGCGGAAACGUGGAGCUCGUUGAGUUUCUUGUUUCGACAAGUGAAAAAAAAAAUACGACGAACAAGGCAGCGCAUCGGACGUGGAUGGACCUGCGGGACAAUCACGGCGAUUCCGCGCUCUUCUACGCCUCCAUGGAUAACAACGAGGAGAUUGGCCGGUACCUGCUGCGCCACGGCGCCGAUCGUGAGUUGCGCAAUGCAGAUGGCAAGGCAUUCUGGGAGGUGUAG